CAUCGGAUGCAGCAAAACAAAUCCUACAAUUCGAUUCUUGUCAUAAUCCAUUGGACUCUUGUCUGUUUCUGAAAGAGAGUGUGUGUUUCUGCGGUAAUGGGUCAGCAAUUGCGUCGAGCUGUUGGGAAAAUCAAAGAAGUUGAGAGAUCAUCACCAUCAAGGGUCGUCGUUGAUCGGAGAUCGCUUCCACCGGAGGAGCUCAGCGCCGCGAAAUCACCAUCUCCGUCUACUGCCGCCGUUGAUGGUGUUUCUGAGAAAGGUCGAAGAACCAGUGACAGUGAGGAUAACGUUUUAGAGGAAAGAGACCCGAAAUACGAUACAAUGUUGAACCAAAUGGUUGGGAGAAUAAGAGCUAAACCUGGAGGCAAAGCUGAGAUGGGAGAGGCAUCAGUAGUUGAAACAUCAAAAAGGCCACUCCCAAAGCUCCGGAACACAACUCCUGAAUCAACAAGAUAUGAGGAAAACCCGGUGCCUCAAGGAACAUUGAACGUAGCACAAGUGCGACACAUCAUGCUUCUCUUUCAGGGAAAAGCUCAGGAUCACCAUGGUCCAAUGAGUGCUAACGAGAUAGCUGAAAAGUACCGGAUUAAUGUCUCUCAGGUACAGAAGAUCACCCAGUUCCUCUCUUUGCCUACAGAGGUUACUGAUAAGCAGAAGAAACAAUAUGAAUAAAAGUAAAGGCUUGUUCGUUCAUAUUCAGAAGUAAUCAGAACUGGUUGGUUUCUUUUGUCCUUGCCAGUUUUAGAAAGUUUUGUGCGUCGAUAUGUAACACAGAACCAGAGAUGACAUUGACUUCGAUUUUUUUUUUCUUCCUCUGAGCAAUAAUGUAAAACUGUGUAGCUAAGAAUACAAAAGCUUUUUUCAA